AUGGCGGACCUCAACCUCCAAGAGAUCCACGACACCCUGGUCGACAUCGCCAGCGAGGCGGGCAAGAUGAUCAUGGCCGCGAACCCGUCCUCUAUCGACCAAGGGACCAAGCUCAACUCCGUCGACAUCGUCACCGAAACAGACCAAGCCGUCGAGAAGAUGGUCUCGACCCGCCUCCAGACAACAUACCCCAACAUCUCCUUCAUGGGCGAAGAAACCUACACAAAGGGCACCCGCCUCGGCCCCGAGCCCACCUUCGUCGUCGACCCCAUCGACGGCACCACCAACUUCGUCCACUCCUUCCCGGAUGCCUGCAUCUCCCUCGGCCUCGCCGUCGCCCACGUCCCCGUCGUCGGCGUCAUCUACAACCCCUUCCAGGACCUGUGGUACACCGCCGUCAAGGGCAAGGGCGCCUUCAUGCGUCGCGCGGGCGGCGCCCAGCAGCGCCUGCCCCUCGCCAAGUCUCCGGUGCCCCUCCGCGGCCUCGACAGCGCGCUGCUUGCGUGCGAGUGGGGGUCCACGCGCGACGGGCCCAACUUCGAGCUCAAGGCGGAGACGUUCAAGAAGCUCGCGGCCACGAAGGAGAGCGGCGGCGCGAUGGUGCACUCCAUGCGCGCGCUGGGGUCUGCGGCGCUGAACCUCGCGGCCGUCGCGGCGGGGCAGCUGGAUGCGUACUGGGAGGGCGGAUGCUGGGCGUGGGAUGUUUGCGCCGGGUGGUGUAUCCUGAACGAGGCGGGGGGUAUCAUGGCCGGUGGAAACCCGGGUGUGUGGGAGCCUGCUGUCGAUGAGAGGGUCUACCUCGCCGUCAGGGGGGCGCCGAGCGGGCAAAAGGAGCUUGUUGAGGAGUUUUGGGGCGUUCUUGGGGACGGCAAGUUGGAUUACUCUGUUUAA